GUCAGUUGUCACGGAACUGACAGAAGUGAAAUUGGGAUGGUGGAUCGAGGACGAUUAAAGGAUUAAAGGAUUUAAGGAUUAAUUGCUCUGGAGCGUUUUACUUCCUGUCUCCGGCUAUCAUGUAUGGUGUCCACAGACCUUUGUCUUUACUCCUGGCGCUCACCCACAUACUGGCUCUAGAGAACGGCAUCAACAAAGGUACAUCGAGCUGCAAGAAGACGAAGAAAAACAUUUUUAUUCGCACAGAGAAGGGUGACUACGGACACAUUGCCUCUCAGAACUACCCAGACGCCUACUCGUCUCAGAUGUACAACGGACUGUGGUGUGAAUUCCGGAUACGCGCGUGCAGCACGUGCAAAAUACGAUUGAAAUUCACAGACCUCGAAUUCCCAGAAUGCAAUAUAACCAAGUCGGAACAUCAAAUAUACAAUCAUGAUAGCUGCAUUCCAGGGUGUGAUCACCUGUACCUGUAUGAGAUGGACCACCCCUACCGGUCGAUCUCGUACUCCAGCUACUUCUCACACAGCAUGGGUGAGACGUAUGAGUCCAUCUCGGCCCAUCUCAAACUCGUCCACUGUCUUUCCAACUCCACGCUGGUGGCGGGCAAGAAAUUCAAAAUCAAAUACGAUAUUUUAGAUAAAAAUGAAUUUCGACAGGGAAUGGUAGCACAGUAUGGAAAACACAUUGGUACCGUUACGUCGCCAAACUUCCCACAUGGAUAUGCAAUGAAUGGAGAGACUUUCACCUACAUGAUACAAAACCUUGACCCUUACGGUCACGUGAGACUCAAGUUUGACGACUGGGAUGUCGCACCACAAAGUCGUGUUAAGAUAUAUGAUGGAUUGUCCGCCAAUUCUCCGUCGGUUGUCAUGGAGCGAGGUAAACGUCUGGUGAUGGUUUCCGACUCCAACACCAUUGUCAUCGUCUUUGACACCGGCACCAAGACAGACGGCUGCUGCGACUUUGCCGGGUUCAAAGCAUCCUACCAGUUUGUGUCAGAAAAGGAAUGGCCUGAUAAACCUAGAACAGACUGCAGUGCGACACACCCGAUGAGAUCAGGUGGAAUGAUUGAUUUCACGGGAGAGAGGUCGACACAGCCACAUUUCUAUGACUGCAUUUGGGUGAUUAAACGAUAUCACCAUGGUGACAACAUACCCGAUGGAGUGGUCCUUAGAAUGAGAGAGGUGUUGCUAGGCGAUGGCUGGCUGCAGUAUGGCAAGAUCAACACACUCGACAUCCGGUAUGGCACCACGUCAGCGGGGAAGCUGCUGCACCGCUACACGGCGAAGAACCUGACCUACGCCGAGCCGUACUUCACCUCGGGGGACGGCCUCUACAUCCACCUGCAGGGCGGCUUCUACAGCACUGACAAGCUGUCCUUCAUAUUCACUGCAGUGAAAAACUUAACUGAUGAAGGUUGUCCAGGCUAUUUUGAAUAUCUGUGUCAGAACCUGUACUGUAUUGACCAGGAGUUGAUGUGUGAUGGAAUUGACCACUGUGGAGAUAACUCCGAUGAAAAUCCCGCUCUUGACUGUUCCGUGUCAGCACUGUGGAGAUUAAGCUUCAAAUGGUCAAUGCCAUAUGUUGCAGACAUGACGAGUGCAAGCCCACCGCCGUGUCACAAUGGUUUCAUGUGUCGGAAUCAGAUCGAGUGUCUGCCCAUGCACAGACAGUGUGACGGGAUCAUCGACUGCCAGGACCACUCCGAUGAAUACGGAUGCUAUUAUCCAACGACGUACAGAUCGCGAUCCAGUGAAGUCAGAUGUGUGUUUAUACCAGUGUUUCUCUUGACUUUAUCAAUCGUUUUGUUCAAUCACAGGUAGUCAGUUUUCACCUGGUGUAAGCCCUAGAUAUAUGUAUUAGAGAAAUGAACAGAUGUGUAUAUAUAUACUCAUCACUGUGAAGAAUUCAUCUGACCUGUAUCAUAGUAUGGCACAAAGAAACAAGAUGGUAGCACGGAGCAUUGAAAACAUUCUGUAUUUAAUACAGUUCAUUUCUCCAGGUGUUUACCCACCCCCUCCACCAUGCACAAAACAAAUUUUGUUUUCAGUAUAUUUUCCAGGGGAACCCUAGUAAGUCCUGUUAUGAUUGUAAGACCAAUAGGCCAAUACAUAGGAUGAAGGGGAAACAAGCUGAUUUGGGGGUGGGGUAUAUGUGCCAAUGCCUCCCCAUUCCUAUCAUUGGAUUGUUACAUCAAAUCAAAGUAUUCUCUGGAUGCAAACUCUUUCAACAUAAGAUUACAAACUGGAAUCUGCCAAUGGUUAAAAUCUAGUCAUCAAGUGCUAACCACAAAGUGCCAGAAGAAAUAUGUAAUUCCAUCACUAGAUGAAAUAGGACAUCAACAUGGAGGUGGAAAGAAACAAAACUGUGCAUAAUAAGAUGUUUGUUACUGCAUCUGUUGAUUUCUAAAUGUGGAUGUUUUUCAAUAUUAUAAACAUUAAACAUCUUAAAUGAUCAAAGAAGUGCAGUUAUGGUUCGCAUAUUAUUUAACUUCAGCAUAAGUGGACAAAUUGUUGUCUCCGAAACAAAAUGCUAUUUCAUAAUCUCCUGAUCAGAAGAUGCCUAUGCAAGGAAUAAGUGCAAUACUAAAUAGUUGUUAUUAUAAAUGUACAGUCUACAUUAUAAGACCAUUCAAUAAUUGCAUAACACAAAUACCCCUGCACAUCUAAUUUCUGACACUAAUUUCUGAGGUACAUGUACAUACCUUUUUUCUUUCUUUAAAAAAUAAAUUAUAUUGGACUGACCCCAGGACAUGAAAGACAUCACUGUUGGGUGUCAAACAAUGAUAAGUAUAUGUAUAUUAAUGAUCAAUUUAAAUAUACAAAAUUCAAAGUUAAAUUCAUAGUUUGUAAUGCUAGGAUGAAUUUUUAUUUUUUAUUAUGUAUUGCUGAUGCCACCACAAGCCGCACUAACAUAUUUUGGUCAAUAUUUGUUUUCCUGCACAUGCAUGAAAUCAGUUUGUUUUGUUUAACAACACCACUAGAGCAUAUUGAUUUAUUAAUCAUCGGCUAUUGGAUGUCAAACAUAUGGUAAUUUUUUACCAUCAUAGGAUAGGAAUCCGCAAAACGUUUUCAUUAAUAGCAAGUGAUCUUUUAUCUGCACCAUCCCACAGACUGGAUAGUACAUACCACACCCUUUGAUAUACUAGUCAUGGUGCACUGGCUGGAACGAGAAAU